AUGGCCCACGAUAUUAUGAGUCAAUUCUAUACUUGCUUAAAUUUACCGCUGCAAGAAAAAAUUUUGGAAUUGACUAGACUUGUAGAUCAAUCUGGUCCUAAUAAGGAUUUACAAGCAAUAUUUCCCCAAUUAAUAAGCAAUAUUUUUGCGCCUUCAACACAAAAUGGUUGGAGCUUAAGACAAGUUACUUUUGAAGCCAAUAGAUAUGAGUACCAGGCUCUCCUUAGUUUUUUAGAACCACAAGGUCCUAUGUUUCGGUUAUGUUACAAACUUUUAUCUGACCCUCAAUUGAAAUAUAAUCUUCCGUUAAACAAUUUACCAAUAGACCUACAGAUGACUCUUGAGAGGGGUAGAUGUCCACAAUUUUAUGCAGAUAUGUUAACAAUGGACUCCCAAUCAAUGAAUGUGGUAUCACUAGCUCUAAAUCCUUUUGAUUACUAUAUAUUUAACUUUGGCUUGUAUUUAGUGAACAAUAAUCAAAAUAAAGCCUUAUGGGAAAAUUGGAAUAGUGUAUAUUUUGCACUAGCUUGUGAUUAUCUAAUGCAUUUCCUGCCUUCAGACCCAAAUAUACCUAUUUUACCACAUAUCCCACAUUACACAGGAAAGGUACCUAUGGCUGCACCUCUGCAAACUGCAAACAGGCCUUUAUACUCUCCAUCACUGUUAUUAAUACCUGACUUGUCUGGCAUUAGCAAUCAGCAUUCUACUUCUCAAACUCAAUCUAGAAAUGAGGUGUGGAGGUCUGAGACCAUUUUGCAGGUCUUUAUUGAUUUAUGGAUGAGUGUGGAACAGUUUAAUAAUAUAAACAUUGAGAUGUAUCAGCGAAACUAUUCUUCGGCUAGUUCAAGUCCAGAGAGAGUUAGAAUAGUGCGGGUGUUGGUGAAACAUAUACAUUCAUUUUCUGCUAAAUAUCAUUCCGAUCCUGCUGUCAGGUCGUCUGCACUGCGAAAAUAUGCAAGGCAAAUUAUGUGUUCAAGAGCCUAUCAUUAUGUUAAACAUCUGGUCAUGACUUGGCCUCUAGAUGCUUCUUUCAGACUUGUUAUGGAAUUGUGGCUCAGUCUCAUUCAGCCUUGGAGAUAUACAGAUAACAGUAUAAAUCAGGACAGAUUUCCAGGUACUCAACGAAACCAAGAAGAAGGCAAUGUUGGUACUCUCGAUGCAAGUUUCACACAGUUUAUUGCUGAAAACUUCCCUGCUUAUACUUGUAUCUUUCAAUUAGUCUUACCAAGAUUCAUGAGAUUAGAUCUUUCAGCAUACAAAAAUGCUGUUAUGUUGUUCCGAUUGGGUAAAGUGUUUUCCCAACCACAUCUAGUUCCCAUUUUGCUAAAUCUAGAAAAAGCUAUAAGAGAUAAUGUAUCUGGACUGCACAGUCCUGACAGCAGCUAUAACAAUUCAAACUUAGAACAAAGCUACACGUAUAAUGGAAUUGUAAUACACAAGUGGGUGGCGAUAGCUAAACAAGCCAUAUCGGAACUGAAUAUGACAACCACUUUUGAAUAUGACCCCAUCUGGAGUGAGAACAAGAGAAACUUCACGCUGGAAUUUGUCAAAAGAAUUCUUUCGGCGAAAAAUACCGCAGACAGAAAUCUAGAAGUUUAUACUGUAAAAUUAAAUCUACAAAAUACAGGUUUCUGGAAUUCCUUAAAACAUUGGCUGAUGAUUGGAAAUACUGAAGAAGAAGCAGCAAUGUUGGAAGAAUUUAAAAAAGUUCCUAUUUACUUAACCAACUGUAUUAACUACUUCACAAAUAUAUUUGGGCUAAACGAGAAUAUGUUGCUGCCAUUGGAAUCUGAGUUGUUGGACAAUUCUAUUGAACACUCGUCAUUUGCAAAUUCGAAUAACUUUACUCUUUCAAUUGCACAAAAACUUCGCAAUAAACCAGCGAGUAUUCAGUACAUGGGAGACCCGGACCUUAUGCCCAUUAUGUCAUAUGAAAACACAAUACUUGUUAGGAUAUUAUAUCAAAUAUCUACAAGACUGAAUGAGUUGUACGGCGAAGAGUUCAGCAGGUUAUGGGGAAGGAGCGACCUGUGGGGGUACGUGGUGCGGGAAGUGCUGCAGAGACCGGUGACCAUACACUCGUACGUGAAGGACUCCAGCUACCAGCACGUGGCGGAGCGCGCGCUGCCGCCGCGCCUGUCGCUGCGCCGCCUCGCCUCGCACGCGCUCGUGCUGUGGCUCGGCCUCGGCUACGUACUCUUCAGGAUGCUCUCCUAUAGUGGCAUAUUCUAUGCCUUCUUCCUUAUCACCAUUUGGUCGAUAUUUAUACUGACUAAAGCUUCGUUGAAGAUAUUAAGAAUAAUAAAUGAA